CAUGACUUGCCGUUCCUUGUUUUACCAGACCACCUCCAAGACGUGUUACCUGUCAGAUGCAGUUUACACUGAGGGUGACCUCCAGGUUUCAGCUGACAUGCAGUAUCUGAUAUGGAAAAGAGAUGGCUGCGACAAUGGAUACAGCUGGAAUCCAAAACUAGAUCUGUGCUAUAAUAUUGACAGACACCAAAUUAAAUCAUGGAUGGAUGCAGAGAAAACCUGUAUUCAAACUGGUGGACAUCUUCUUAAAGUUGACAACCUCGAAACAAAUCUACUAAUGAACUACCUUGCUGUAAAACGCACAGUAUCCAUCUGGCUUGGCGGUUCUGAUAUACAAGAAGAGGGAACGUGGUUGUGGGCAGACAACUCCUCAAUUAAAUCCUUCUGGUGGAAUACAGAAGGAGGUGAACCUCAAGGACAAACAAACCAGAAUUGCCUAGUACUCUUGUUAAAUUCUGAGGAUCCUGUGAACAGAUGGCACGAUCAGAGGUGUGACAAACGCCACCGUUAUGCAUGUCAGCUACCAGUGGAGCCAAGUCGCUGCUGAAGGUAUACAUGUUAUAACAAAUCUAUAAUGCGUGACACAUGUAUUGGUUUCGUGUGCAUGUCAAUAGCACUAUAAACAAUACAUCGACUCCAUCAUUACUUACUACUUGUCAGCUAGUUAUGCAGAAAAUUGUUUUAAUCUGAUUAUUCUCUAUUGUUGGCGUUUUGAAUUUACUCUUAUCAAUGAAGACAAUAAAGAUAUCAAAUUCUC